AUGAGUACGGACCGAGAAUACUAUUUUGUUAUUGUUGGACAUAAUGAUCAGCUGAUAUUUGAAAUGGAAUUUCCUGUGGUUGGUGCUAAGAAACGACAUGAUUCGGAUACACGUCAUCUAAAUCAAUUCAUCGCCCAUGCUGCUCUGGAUAUUAUUGAUGAACAGAUGCUCACUAAUCCUCAAAUGUAUUUAAAGGUUGUGGAUAAGUUUAAUGAAUGGUAUGUUUCUGCUUUUGUCACUGCAAGUCGUAUAAGAUUUGUUAUGCUGCACUGCCAGAAGAAUGAAGAUGGAAUUAAACAAUUUUUCCAGGAAAUCUAUGAAAUGUAUAUCAAACUUUCAAUGAAUCCAUUUUAUGAGAUUAAUUCUCCAAUUACAUCAUCCAAUUUCGAACAAAAGUCGAUGUUUUAUGGGAAGAAAUAUUUGAACACAUAA